UGGUGAUUGUUGUUUUCUUUUAAAAAGAAUCUUUUUCCAAUCGAUGAUUAGAAUUUAAUUUGCUCUUGUUUUCAACUUGCAAUUUAAUUAAUUGUCUUCGAUUUAAGUUAUUAACCAAUCAGUCAUGUUACAACCUUUUGUAAACUCGCAACUUUACUUGGAAUCUGCUCUUUUAAGAUCAUGUGUUUACCGGUUAGGGUUUAAUAAUUGUAAUACUAUCAGUGUUAGAAAUGCCCACAACAAAUCAACACCUCGAGAUAAUCAAACUAUGGGAAGAUCACAAACAUAUGGAAAUAAACCUAAAUAUAUGAUAUCUAAUUCAUGGCAUGAUUUUCAUUUUCCUCCAUCUGGAUCACUAUUUAAAUCUGAUUUAGUUAAUUCAAGCGAAUGGUCAUUGGUUUAUCGUAUUAAAUGGUCAAUAAAAGUGGUCUAUCUGAUCCUCUAUGGUCACAUUGCCGUUUCGGUUGGUUCAUUAGUCAUUUUGUAUAAUAUUUUUGUAAAAGGAAAAAAGUUCUACAACCAAAACAUAACCAACCAGUCCCUUGUAAAUGCCGGUAUAAUAUUUUGCUGUUCUAUGUUCAUUUCAUUAACAAUAUUGCUCAUAAAUGCAUUUAGAAAGGCUGCUAUUCGAGGAUAUUAUUCGCCCAAAUAUCAAAGAUUCCUGUUCAUCCGCCCUAACCUUUUAACCCCAUGGAAUGUGCGUAAACUGAUUGUUGCCCCUGGUGUAAUUGAAUCCACUCAAUUAGAAAACUUUAACCUUUUUAGGCCUAAUUGCAAAAUCCAAGACACCAAAGCCUACAUUUUUAAAAAUAAUUUCUAUUAUCCAGCUUAUUAUAAUGCUCUGUGUGGCUUUACAUCCGUCAAGAACUUAGCUGGCCUCAAAUACGAUCCCGAUGAGGUUUUCAGACAUAAUUUGAAAGAUGGGAUUUAAUAUUCAAUAUUUUGUUAUCAAUUAUGUGAUCAGCGAUAUUGUAACUAUUAAAUUGUAAGUAUUGAUCUAUUGAAUGAUUUAGUUGAAUAGUAAAAAAAACUGUCGAUUAGAA